AUGUUGCGAUGUCGCUGCUGCCGCUCCGCACUGCACGGUAGUCACUUGAGAAAUGAUCUUGCCGCUAGAAGGGUCUCCGAGGAAGAGCAGGAGGUAAGAGCCGGAGCAAUCAACCACCACCACCAGCAGCGCACCACACGCACACACGACAUCAGCAGCGACUUGACCUCGACCUGCCUGGCAGCCAUCCGUGCUCCCUGGUUCCCACUCCCCUCGAGGAAAGAGAGCCGUGCCCCAUGCGUGCCGUCCUCACUUAAGCCAAAGAGCCAAUCUCGUCGAGGCAAUGCCAUUGUUGCACAUGGUGUGGCCUCUUCCCUUUUGGCGCACAGUCACACAGACCUCAUUUCCUCUUCGGCGCGACAUUGCGUUACACUUACGGGCACGGAGCACCAUCAUCAGCAGCAGAAGCAGCAGCAACCACCACCACCAACGGAACGGCAGCAUAGCACCACCCAGGCAAGCGGCAAACAGCCGGUGCUGCGAGAUGGGCGGUCGGUUGGCUGGUGCAUGUGCAUCGUGAGAAAGUGUACUGGAGACAUUCCCACAAGUAUUGGGAUUGUGCCGCACUUCUGCUGCCGGUUGCCCGGUUCCUCGGCCUCGGUCAGCUGUGACACUUGUUUGGCGCAUUUUGCGAGAUUGGGUAUUCGGAUUGGGCCAUUGACGAAAUCCACCUGCCCGAGGGUGAGUUCCAGUUCAAAUUCAAGACUAGGGGUCGCUGCAAUCGCAGCCAUGAAAUCGAGAAGUUAACAAACAGUGCAGCAAGACACCGGCGACAUUUGCUGACAUCUGAUGGCACUGAUUUCGUACAUUUCGUUUCCAGUUUUCUUCGUGGGGGAGGUUUCUGAGAUCAUCA